AUGGGUAUCUCAAAGAUAUCCUUUAUUCUACUGUUAGUAGCGUGGAACGUACAGGGUUUCGCCUCUAAUUCUGGAGGCCAAGAGCCCGACACCAGAGUGGUGGGUGGCAAAGAUGCUCCCGAAGGGCUUGUGCCACACCAAGUCGCUCUAAAAAGAAAAGAUGGCUGGACUUUCUGCGGUGCUGCUAUCAUCUCCGACAGAUGGAUACUGACAGCUGCCCAUUGUGUAGAAAAUCGUAAACCAUCAAAAUUUUUCGCUGUAGUGGGUACUUUAUCGAGAACGAAAGGUGGCACAAAGUAUGAAAUAAGCAAAGUAAUUACUCACAAAGAACAUAACAAGCCAACUAAAUUCAAAAAUGAUAUUGCUGUUAUAAGUACGAAAAAGGCCAUCAAAUUCAACAAAAAAGUUCAGCCCCUGCCAUUACCCACACAGGAUAUCAAGACUGGAUUGUCGUGUUUACUGAGCGGUUGGGGUUACCUUGGCUAUGGGCAGCGAGCGCCCGACAAAUUACAGUAUCUGUAUGUAAACACUUUAACCGGGGAACAGUGUAAUAAAUACUUUAAAGGAAGCUCAGUGUCGAUAAAUUCCAGCCAGAUGUGUACUCUUAACAAACGUGGGGAAGGAUCAUGCCAAGGUGAUUCAGGCGGCAGCUUAGUGUGCAACGGCACCUCAGCUGGUAUCGUCUCCAUGAACUGGCCCUGCGCCAACAAUUUCCCUGACGCGUACACCAACACGUACAUGUGUAACUCCUGGAUAAAAGAAAAUACUAAAUCACCCUGAGUAUUGUAUUUCAUA